AUGGCUUGGCCAUGCAUCACCCGUGCCUGCUGCAUCGCCCGCUUCUGGAACCAGCUGGAUAAGGCGGACAUCGCGGUGCCCCUGGUCUUCACCAAGUACUCAGAGGCCACCGACCACCCCGGUGCCCCGCCGCAACCGCAGCAGCCCCCCGCGGCGCAGCCGCAGCAUGCUCCCCCUUCGGCGCGCUCCGUUGCCAUAGAGACGCAGCCGGCCCCCGGCGACCUGGAUGCUGUUGCCCGGGCAACGGGGCCCAGCGGGGAGCGGGAGCCUGGGCCUCCCAGCGCCCAGGCCAAGACGACCGCCGGCCCGGGUUCGAGCCUUGGCCUGGGCUCGGCGGACUCCGUGAUGAGGCAGGACUACCGGGCCUGGAAGGUACAGCGCCCAGAGCCGAGCUGCAAGCCGCGAAGCGAGUACCAGCCGUCGGACACGCCCUUCGAGAAGGAGACCCAGUAUCAAAAAGAUUUCCGGGCGUGGCCUCUGCCCCGGAGGGGCGACCACCCCUGGAUCCCCAAGGCGACCCCGCCACCCCCGCCGCAGUCGCUGCCCGCCCCGGCCUCGGCCUCCCCAGGCCCGCCCACGGCUGAGGAACGGCGGCGGCGGCGGCAGCAGAGCCAGGAACGGAGGUCCGCCGAGGCCCCGGCCCAGGCUCAGGCUCCGGGAGAUGAGGAGGGGAGCGGUGGCGGAGGAGGAGGCCCUGCUGCGGGGAAGGCGUCCGGAGCAGACUGGCGGGACACGCGCAAGAAGGCGGGGCCCGCGUGGAUGCUGCGGCGGGCAGAGAGCCGAGGGCUGCAGGGGUCCGAUUCCCAGCCCCAGCCGCAGCAGAGCCAGGAGCGGAGGUCCCCCCAGCCCCCGGAGUCUGGAAUAGGCAAGGGGCGGGCGGCGGCCGACGCCCUCAAUAGGCAGAUCCGCGAGGAGGUGGCUACUGCCGUGGGCAGCUCGUACAGAAAUGAAUUCAGAGCAUGGACGGAUAUUAAGCCUGUGAAGCCUAUACGAGCCAAGUCCCAGUACAAGCCCCCGGAGGACAAGAUGGUUCAUGAAACCAGCUACAGUGCCCAGUUCAAGGGUGAGCCAAACAAGCCCACACCAGCAGAGAAUAAAGUCAUUGAUCGCAGAAGAAUCCGCAGCCUCUACAGUGAACCUUUCAAGGAAUCCUCUAAGGUGGAGAAGCCCAGCGCUCCAACCCCCAAACCAAAAAAGACCCCGACAAGCCAUAAACCGCUGAAAAAGGCCAAAGAGAAGCAGCUGACAUCUGGCCGGGGCACCAAGAAAAAGGGCCCAACAGCGAGUGGAGCCAGUGGGGCUGGGCCACAGGACAAGGAGCAAAGUAAAGAGAUGAACAAUAAACUGGCUGAGGCAAAAGAGAUCCCAGCCCAACCCAAGAGCUCGGCCCAACCGGGAAGCCCAGUCCAACCCAGCAGCCCAGCCCAGCCCACCAAUCCAGCUCAACCCGCCACUGGGGAUUCAGAUAAGGAUCAAGGUCCCGUAGGCCAGGAGCUGCCUGCUGUGGCUGAGAUCCCAGAAGCGCCCCGGACAGAAUGUAACGAAGGGUCACCCAAACCCUCGGUCCCUGAGCUGCUGCCAAAGGAGCUGCCAAGGAAGGAACUUCCUUCUGAGGGCCUGUGAAGACACACUCAUAGUCUGCAUGAAACAUGUGCUGUAUUGUCUUGCUGGAGUCCAA